AUGGAUCUUGAGGAAAAACCAGAAAAUACUAAUUUCGAUAAAUUAAGCCAAAUACAAAUACAGUGCCUUGAUUGCAAAUGUUUCGGGACUUUGCGAAAAAUCGGCGACCAAGUCGUUCUUUUCACGGAAGAAUCAGUGAAUAACGGAUCAGGAAUUGUCGCGGACAACACUGUUUAUAUCUUUCCCGGAAACAGCCAUAGUGUUCGUGGCAUUCAACGUAUUCAGAUAGACGAAGAUGAAACGAUUGUUUCCGUGGACAUAGUCGGCUUUCACGAAAACUCUUAUUAUCGACCGAUUCUGUUCCUCACACCUAUCAACUAUUGCGACGCGUAA